AAAUUUCACCUUUAUCGUUAUCGUUUAUAAGGUCUGUUUUAUCUGAGUCUCGUUUCGAUCAGAAACACUAUUGAUUUCGUUCCAUGACGUUGUUGGUGACUGGGUCAGGAAGCUAUGAACUUUCGUUAUAAAAUUAAAAAAAGCUCGCAAUAAAAUGAGUUUUUGAGGUGCUACACACGUUUAUAAGAAACAGGUGCAAAAAUGUCCACUGCCGGUACUCCAUCAACCGAUCCUUGGAUCAUAUUAUCUAAAGAAAGAGCUAGAUAUGAGGAGCACUUUAAAGCCCUUAAACCUAAUAAUGGGAUUGUUACUGGAGAGCAAGCCAAAGGGUUCUUGCUACAAUCACAACUGCCACCUUUAGUUUUAGGACAAAUAUGGGCUUUAGCAGAUACAGAUGCAGAUGGAAAAAUGGAUAUAAACGAAUUUUCAAUAGCUUGCAAAUUAAUAAAUUUAAAAUUACGUGGUUAUGAAGUACCGAAAGCACUCCCACCAGGUUUACUCGCCUCGUUAAAAACCCAAUCUCCUCCAGCUAUUCCACCUUUACCUAAUUCCCACGUAAAUCCACCGCCACGCCCAGAACCACCAAAAGUGGCCCCGGUAAUCGCCCAACCGCCAACGGUUAUGCCUCAAAGUAUUCCACCUUUAAUACCAAAUCUCCCUACACAAGUACAACCUCUUAACGCCAGCACAAUACCAACAGGUAUUGUUCCGCCCAUGCAAACAGCUCAACCGCCCAUAAUUCCGCCUAUGCAACCUGUGCAACCAUUAAUUUCGGGAAUUCCCCCCAUUACAAGUCAACCUUUAGUUGGUGGGAUUCCCCCAGUGAAUACUGUAACACCUUUGAUGGGACAAAAUGGUGGAAUAGUUCAAUCUGGAAUUCCUGGGGCUGCUCCAAUUAUUCCUCCUUUACCCACAAAUAUACCAAUGUCCAUUCAUACUGGGCCUCCUGGGUCAAUAGUUCCACCAAUUUCAUCAGGUGCUGUUGUACCAGCACCUCAUAUGUCACCUGUUGGGUCAACUACAGGUAGUGUUGGUGGUGUUAGCGUUCCAAGUAGUACUCCAAGGGCAAGUAUAACGAGUUUGGAUAAAAACACAGCUCCAGCUGUAGAUAUAAGUCAAGAAUGGUCAGUAAAUCAGCAUACAAAAUUAAAAUAUACCCAAAUCUUUAAUACAACGGAUCGCACAAGAACCGGAUAUUUAACUGGCGUACAAGCCAGAAAUGUAAUGGUGCAAACUAAAUUACCACAGUCAACUUUAGCACAAAUUUGGGCUUUAUCGGAUAUGGAUGCAGAUGGGCGACUUGGAUGCGAAGAAUUUGUCUUGGCAAUGCAUUUGUGCGAACAAGCAAGCAUAGGGAUACCACCACCUUCAGUACUUCCCAUGGAUUUAAUCCCACCGUCUUUUAGAAGAGCUCCAAGAAGCGCUUCAAGAACAGCAUCCGUUUCUAGUCAAGGAAGUAUUCAACAAGACAUUGACUUAGCUUCCUCUCUCUCUCAGAAUACAUUUGAAGAUAAACGCAAAGAGAACUUUGAAAAAGGUCAAGCUGAAUUAGAAAGGAGAAGGAAAACACUUUUAGAUCAACAACGAAAAGAAGCUGAGGAAAGGGAAAGAAAAGAACGCGAAGAAAUUGAAAGGAGAGAGAAAGCUAGACAAGAGGCGGAAAGAAAAAGAAUAGAAGAGCUUGAAAAACAGAUGCGAGAACAACAAGAAAAAGAAAGACAGAUUGAAGAGGAACGAAAAAGACAAGCUGAGCAAAGAGAGGCGGCGAGAAGAGAAAUGGAACGGCAAAGACAACUCGAAUGGGAAAAACAACGAUUACAAGAACUACAAUUACAAAGGCAAAGAGAACAAGAGAACGUUCUUAAAUUAAAAGCAAAAAACCAAAGUUUAUCUAUCGAAUUAAAUGGUUUAAACGAUCAAGUUAAAGAAUUAUCGCAAAAGAUUUGCGAUACUCGUGUUGGUGUUUCUAAUGUAAAAACAACAAUCGACGGGAUGCGAUCUACAAGAGAUUUCCAAAUGCAAGAAAUGUCGCAAAUAAAAAAUAAAUUAAAAGAACAAAACGCAAAACUUCUGGCACUUUCCCAAGAAAAGAUUAAAUUGGAAGCUAAGAAUAAAAUGAACGUCCAAAUGAACGACUCCCAAACGGAACAAACGAAACAAGCGUUCGAAAAUAAAGAAAUCAAUAUCAAAAUGUUAAAAGAAAAAGUUGAUGAUAUGCAAAAAGAAAUUGAUGGGAAAAUGGGCGAUAUUGAGAAUAAUAAUUCGCAUUUAACCGAUUUAAAAACUCAAAUGGCCGAAUUAUUGAAACAAUGCGAAAAUUUGUAUAUCGUCUAUGAAGAUAAAAAGAAUAAAGUUCUUGAGAUGAAGACGACCACUAAAAGUGUUGAUUAUAGUACAGCUUGGGAUUCAAGCGCUGGGGGUUGGGGUGAUACUCAAAACGAAUGGCCAGUUGAUAAUAAUUGGGGUACAGAAAGCGCUGCACCACAAACUACUGCUGUUAGUGGACAUACAACUAGUAUGGCUGGUGCUGUUAAAUAUAGAGCACUUUACGCGUUUGAAGGAAGAAAUUCUGACGAGAUUUCAUUUCAACCUGGUGAUAUUAUAAUGGUGCCAUUAGAACAAACUGGUGAACCUGGUUGGUUAGCUGGAGAAAUAAGAGGUCAAACCGGAUGGUUUCCUGAGUCUUAUGUGGAACCUGUUGAUGGUGUUGGUGUUCGAGGUUCAGUUGUACAAGAUGCACCACCAUCAUCUUACGUUGAGGAAUUAGAAACAAAACGAUUAGAGGGUAUAGUUGAGGUACCAGAAACAAUUCCGGAAACACAAGAACCAACUCAAAUACCCGAACCAACUCCAACAACAACAACACCAUCCGUUGCAGAAGAUGAAAUUGAAUAUUACAUAGCAAAUUAUCCUUAUCAAUCGGUAGAACAAGGAGAUUUAACUUUUAACGCUGGCGAAAUGAUAAUGGUUGUUAAAAAAGAAGGCGAUUGGUGGACGGGUAAAAUCGGGGAUCGAAUUGGUAUUUUCCCAAGUAAUUAUGUACAAAAAGUCGAUGUGAAUACGAGCACUAAUCCACCUGAGCAACCUGCUUUAGAGCAAAACAUUGUUGCUGCGCAAGACUUACAACAGGACAGUGCGCAAACAGACAAUGAGGUUUGUCAAAUUAAUGAAAAUAAGGAAAUUGAAAAACCUGAUUUUGCUGCUAUGAGUGCUAAUACCCAGACAUUGAGAGGUAAUAAAAAACCGGAAAUAGCUUCGGUAAUAGCUCCUUAUCAAGCUACAAGUACUGAACAAUUAUCGCUUCAAAGGGGUCAAUUGAUAAUGAUACGUAAGAAAACCGAUUCAGGUUGGUGGGAAGGGGAACUGCAAGCGAAAGGACGUAAACGACAGGUUGGAUGGUUUCCAGCUAGUUAUGUAAAAGUCUUAAAUAGUAGUGGACGAGCAAGUGGGCGAACCACCCCCGUUUCGACAACUCGGAUGCAACAAGAAGUCGUUUUGGAUAAAGUUGUUGCAUUAUAUCCUUACACCGCUGCAAAUCCGGAUGAACUCAGCUUUUUGAAGGAUGACAUCAUUAGUGUUACUGCCAGGGAAGAACAAUCUUGGUGGAGAGGAGAAUUAAACGGCGUUUCCGGUUUGUUUCCAAGUAAUUAUGUAGCACCACUUCAGCAAUCAAUAAGCCCUACAGAUAAAAAAAGACAAGAUUGUAUAAACGAAUUAAUACAAACGGAAGAAGCUUACAUAGCAGAUAUGAAAGUUGUUCAUAACGUAUUUGAAAUACCAUUAACAAGAAGUGGGAUUAUCGACAAAAAUGAUAUCAAGGCGAUAUUUGUAAAUUGGCAAGAUAUUUUGCAAUGUAAUAAGAAUUUUUUGGAAGAUUUGCAACAACGAAGAAGAUCGGGAAGUGAAAUAAUCGGUGAUGUUAUAUGCGCUCAUUUACCAAAAAUGACUGCGUACAUUACUUUUUGUAGUAAACAGUUGGAUAGCGCGGCUUUAUUACAAAAAUUAACUGAAACUUCUUCGCCUUUUCGUGAACUUGUCAAGCAAUGUCAAAACGAGGUGGAUCCUAAAGGAAUGCCAUUAAGUUCGUUUUUGAUUAAACCGAUGCAAAGAAUUACUAGAUAUCCAUUACUUAUCAUAAAAAUAUUAGAAAAUACUCCUGAUAAUCAUGCAGAUUCAAUUUAUCUCAGGCAAGCUUUAGAAGCAGCCGAAGAUUUCUUAAGGCAAAUUAAUGAGAAUGUACGCGUCAAAGAAAACCAUGAAAGACUCGAUUGGUUAAAAAAUUUCAUACAAAGCGAUUUGAAUAUUGAUUUUAAUAGUUGUACAAAUAAAUUAGGGCAAAGAAAAUUUUUACAUUAUGGAUUAUUAACUAAAGUAAAAAGUGGGAAAGAACUUAUUGGAUUUCUCCUAAACGAUUUCUUAUUAUUAGCACAACCAAGCAAAUCAAUUUGCGGACAAUUUACUUUUCCUACAAACACAAAUAUUACAUUUAAAUUAUACAAACAGCCAAUAAUGAUUCAAUUUUUAAAAGCAAGUAAAGGUAGUGCAGAAUCUGUGGAACAUGGAACCGAUUCGAACCGAGUGCUCAAAAUACAAAACAAAAAACAAAUAAUUGCUCUUUUAACACCAAGCGUUAACGAAUGCAGCUUAUGGAUUAAAAGAAUCGAAGAAGCUAAAGAUGAAUAUGAACGUGUUGUGGCUUCUAUAAAACCUGCAUCUUAUUCACGAAGCCAAUCGUGCGGCCGUCUGCUCGUGCUUGUUCAAAAGGGGAAACGUUUUAUUCAUUUAGGUAAAUUAUUUACGGAAAACAUUUAUUGUAAAGUAUCUCUUGGAAAGCAAGAACAACAAACUGAUAUCGCAAAAGAUAAUUUGAGUAAUGGUAAUGGACCACAAAAUGGUUAUCCUCAAAUUCCUAAUUUAGUGUGGAAUUCAAGCAUGCAAUUUCACGUUGCUAGUAUUAAAGAUGAUGUGCUCAGUCUUUGUGUUUAUGAGAUGUGUUUAUUUAAACCAGACGUUUUCUUAGGUCGUGCUGAUUUAAAAUUACAAGAAGUUUACAGAGAAUCGCAAAACACCAAUGGACCAAUAAUAAAAAAGCUCAUCUUACACCAAGUUGAAUCAGGUGAAGUAACGGUUAAAUUAGAUUUACAGUUGUUCACAAAUUACUGAUUGAAAAAACUGAUAAUAAUAGUAAUAAUUCCUGAAUUAAAAAUGAUUCACCAAUUCGAUUCGGUCCGAUACAUUUCUUCCAUUAUGAUAAUAAAGAGACAAGUAUUUACACAAUUAUCUUAAAUAAUAUUAAAUACAACUAUAAACGUAAAGAAAGUUUUUCUUAAAUUGGAUUUUUUCAACCUAUUGUGCCAAAUAAGAAGAUGUAAAAGAAAAAAGAAUGCUUGCGAUUUAGGUUAGAUGCAGUUUUUUAGCAUUAAAAUCUUAAUCUUGUAUGGGAACAGGUAUUUAUGACAAAUAAUCUUUUUUCUUUGCUUUAAAAGACUUUUAAUUUUUAAAUUUAUUCGUACACGCGAUUACAUUCCAAAGGAAUUUUGAUAAAGAAUCAAUACAAAUUAUUUUAAUUAAUUAGAAUAAAAAUCGUUAUAAAAAAAUAAAUAACGUAAAUUAGAAGUAAGUAAAAGAGUUUUUUUAAUAAAUCUUUGUAUUAACUUUAUUUGAUUUUUAGAAAUAGAUGCGAACAAAUAUUUAUAGAUGAAAUAAUAUUUAUAAUAUAACUUUAAUGGAGUUGCAAUAUUUGCUUCAACUUAAUGGCUUUAUUUAUGAUAUUUGCUAAAAAAAUGAAACAUCAAUCAAAAAUUACAUUUUUUUGCAAAUAUCAUAACAAAA